AUGGGACUGGGACCCCUAGGCGGCCGGCUUAAAAUGAACAGCGUACCAUAGAACUCAAUUUUAAAAUUCUCCGGUAAACAUCGAUCGAUCUCCAAACCUCUAUAAAUACAUUGACCCAAUUUCCUAAUACGCAUUCAAUCAACAUUCAACACCUACAAAUUACUCUAAAAAAAAACUUACUAAGUCGUUUCUGAUAUUUUUCUUGUUGAAGAAGAAAAUGGAGAAGAAGCAGACUGAAAAUGGCGAUCAUGAAGAAGAAACGCAACCAAAACAACCAAUCCCUUUACUCACUCCUUACAAAAUGGGACCUUUCCAGCUCUCCCACAGAGUUGUAAUGGCACCUCUAACAAGGCAAAGAUCUUAUGGAUAUGUACCGCAACCACACGCCAUAUUGUAUUACAGUCAAAGAGCCACUAAAGGUGGAUUUCUCAUCUCAGAAGCCACUGGAAUUUCUGACACUGCUCAAGGGUUUGUACACACGCCUGGAAUUUGGACAAAGGAACAAGUUGAGGCAUGGAAACCAAUUGUGGAUGCUGUUCAUGCCAAAGGGGCUGUUUUCUUUUGCCAGAUUGUGCAUGUUGGGAGAGUUUCCAAUAGUGGUUUUCAGCCUAAUGGGAAGGCUCCAAUCUCAUCUACGAACAAGGCAGCAAAACCGGUAAUCAGCAGCGGCGGUUUUGAGGUUGAAUUUUCACCACCACGACGGUUGAACACAGAUGAAAUUCCCGAAAUUCUCAACGAUUUCAAAGUUGCCGCUAUGAAUGCUAUGGAAGCUGGAUUUGAUGGGGUUGAGAUACAUGGAGCUCAUGGUUUCUUAAUAGAACAAUUUCUCAAAGACCAAGUCAAUGAUCGAACCGACGAAUAUGGUGGAUCAUUGGAGAAUCGCUGCAGAUUUGCUCUACAAAUUGCAGAAACUGUAUCAAAUGCAAUUGGACCUCAAAGAGUGGGAUUUCGAUUAUCACCUUGGACAGAUUACUUUGACGCUAGUGAUUCAAAUCCAGCAGCAUUAGGUCUAUACAUGGCUGAAGCCUUAAACAAAUAUAGGGUUUUGUACUUGCACGUUGUUGAGCCAAGAGUAACAAUAAACGUGGAUGAACAAAAUUCAUCUGGCCGGCGCCACGAUAGUGACAGUCUAGUUCCGAUUAGGAAAGCGUUUAAAGGGACUUUCUUGGCUGCUGGAGGAUAUUUGAGGGAUGAUGGCAAUGAAGCUGUGGAAGAAGGUCGUGCCGAUUUGAUUGUUUAUGGUCGUUGGUUCUUGGCUAAUCCUGAUUUGCCUCGACGUUUUGAAUUGAAUGCGCCUCUAAAUAAGUAUGAUAGGGCUACUUUUUAUACUUCUGAUCCUGUAGUUGGAUAUAAUGAUUAUCCGGUUCUUGAGGAUGAGGCUACUUGUGCUAUCAAAGCAUGAUCAUGUAUAACUAUUUAAAUGAUAGGUGUGGAGAUUGUUUGAUCUAAUUGAAUAGAGAAAGCAUAUGCAGGUUAUGAUUUGAGUUAGUCAAACAUUGUGCAUAGCAAUAUGAUGUGUCUUAAAUAUUGGAUCAAACUCCAAUUUGAACUUGUAUUGUAUUUUUUUUAAGGAAAUAAAAUUGAGCCGAUGGAAAUCAUUGGCAGAGUUAAAUUUGUUUGAUAUAACACAUGUAGUUAGUUUCUUUUUUGUUUGUAUAAUAAAGGGGCGUACCCUAAGAAUCGAAACACUACAUUUUGUAGUGAAAAACUUUAUCGAUAUUGUGUUCUAACGAUGGGUUAACUCUUACAUGUAGCUAGGAUAAACAUGAUUGAUCCAUGCUGUAAAUCGUACCCACAUGGAAUUAAUUUAUUAGCUCUGUAAUUUCUUGUGAAGCUUUCAGUUUUUACUUGGGGCCAACUUUUGGUCAUGAUGUAAUUUGUAGUCAUACCGUCGUACAUAUUGAAGUUCAAUUAGAU